UUGUGUUGCAACGAUUAUAUUUUAUUAUCUGAUUUUUGUUUCCUUACUCUUCCUUUCCCCUGAGGAAUUGAAGUUGUAAAAGUGGUGGUUGUGACCUUAUUACAAAUAUAAUCUGUGCAUCAAAAGUGCAUGCAUGCUUUCAAUUUUUUACUGAUAAUUCAUUUGAGGUCAUCUUCAUAAGAACAUUUGCCAUUCGAAUUUGGAAAUUUGAGGUUGUAUAUCAUUUUGAAAUACACUUAGUAUCUCCAUAAAGCAAUGGGUGGUGGUAACAUCAAUUCAAGUGAACACAUUGAUACAACUUCUACCAAAAUCUUUGUUGGAGGUUUAGCUUGGGAGACUCAGAGGGACACAGUGAGAAGGUAUUUUGAGCAGUUCGGAGAGAUUUUAGAGGCUGUUGUUAUCACAGAUAAGAACACUGGAAGAUCCAAGGGUUAUGGUUUUAUCACAUUCAAGGAUCCUGAGGUAGCAUUGAAAGCAGUUCGAAACCCAUAUCCAAUAAUUGAUGGACGGAAGACAAAUUGCAAUAUUGCAUCUAUUGGUGCAAACAAGAAUCGCAGACAGGCUCCACAGCGUGGUUGGUUUAGAGAAGCACCUGGUUUAUUGGCUUCACCUGUUUAUCAUGACCCUUUCUCUGUUUAUCAUGACCCUUUCUCUGUUUAUCAUGACCCUUUCUCUGCAUUUUUCCAUCAAAAUAAUGGGCAAUACACAUUUCCUAACUCAACUUUUGGCAGAUAUAUUCAACCUUCACAUGACAUGAUGUACCCCAUGAACUGUUAUGGAGUACUUGGAGGGCAACAGUUCUCAACUUACUACCCCUACAUUGGGCCACCUGAACCUAUAGGAUUGGUCCAUAACACUUAUCCUUUUUCUGCUCAGCAUGCACACAAUAUCGAAGCUCAAGGUUUUGGAUUCCAUUAUCCCCAAAUGAUGCAUUCUCCAGUUAUUCCUAGGCACUAUGGGUCACCUGGUAUCCUUAGAUAUCCUUCUUCAAUGGAAAGACCAACUAUUAGUACAGUUACCAGAACUACCAGAACUACAACAAAAAGAGAGACACCAAGAACAAUUGCGGAUGCUUCACAAACCAGUGAAAUAACUUCUGAACAACAUUCUUCAGCUGAAUCUUCACAUAAAUAAUCAAAUGAUGCCUUGAAAGCGUAAUUACAGAAGAGGCAAAGAUACAUGUAUGUACCAAGAGAAAUAAUCCAAUAACUCAAACGAAAGGGUUUAUUCAAGGAAUGAAUAAAUGAUGUACUUUAUGCUAAG